AUGUCAGAUUUUGUUGGUUUUGUUCAAGCAACAAUUGCGGUUGUUCAUUUUCAGGAACUAUCUCUCCUCAGGGAAGCAGAUCUUUCAAAGAAAACCUUGCUGGCUAGAUAUAAUAUCUGCAAUAACUUAAGAAAGGUAGACACUUUACUCCACACGUCCAUUGAACUAAGAGGGACAGACAGACCUGGUUUAUUGUCUGAAGUGUGUGCUGUUUUUGCUGACCUUCACUGGAAUGUGGCGAAUACUGCAAUCUGGACACGUAAUGCUAGGGCUGCAGCUGUGGUACAUGUUGUGGACGACGUUACAGAUUGUGCAAUUGAAGACCCAAAGCGUCUUGCUGCAAUCAAGAAACUUCUUCGUAACGUCCUCUACGGAAAUAAUGAUUUGAAGACUGCUCAAAUGACACUUUCAUCUCCAGGGUUCACACAUAGGGAGAGAAAAUUACACCAAAUAAUGUUUGCUGAUAGGGACUAUAUAAAAGUUAGAAGGGCAGAACAGGGCAAAGUUGAGGAUUUGAAGUCUGGGCCUUGUAUGACUAUUUAUGAUUGUAGCGAAAAGGAUUAUAAUGUGAUCACUAUGAGGUCAAGGGAUCGACCUAAGCUGUUGUUUGAUAUUGUCUGCUCUCUGACUGACAUGCAGUAUGUGGUCUUUCACGGAGUUGUUCACACAGGGAAAUGGAAGCUUAUCAGAAUUCUACAUUCGACAUAUUGACGGGCUUCCAGCUGAGCGAGAACGUGUUAUUCUUUGCCUUGAAGUAGCUAUUGAUCGAGAAGAACCUCUUUGCCUUGAAGUAGCUAUUGAUCGAGAAGAACCUCUGAGGGUCCGGAGCUAGAAUUAUGUACAGAAGAUCGGCUAGGAUUCCUAUCAGAUAUCACUAGGAUAUUCAGGGAAAAUAGUUUGUGUGCUGAAAGAGCAGAAAUCUCAAUAGAAGGGGGUAAGCCAAAGGUUAUCUUUUCUUUCACGGAUGUGACGGGGAAUCCAAUGGACCAAAAAACAGUUGACUCAAUUCGUGAGCAAGUUGACUCAAUUCCAGUCUUACACUUUUAAGUGGUUGCAUGUAAGACUGGAAAGCUUUGUAGAUAUUGUUUUCUAACAUAAUUUAAUUCAUGGAAAUAAACUUCAACCACAAAUAAAAAUACGAAGAAACAACAAUUUAUUGAUAAACAAUGUGGUUACAAAUUUGUUCCUUCCUUGAUUCUUCUCUCGAUGUUCUCCGUAAUUCGAGUAUUUCUCGAACUUUGAAAGAUCUUUUUAUGACUAUUCUAUGAUUUUGUGGGGGUAUUGGACAUCUCGAUCUUUUUACGAAUAUCCAAUGAGAUAUUCAAGAUGUACGAAUAUCCAAUGAGAUAUUCAAGAUGCCUGUUUCAGGAAUAUGUCACUCUUUAAAUUGGCGAAAUUCAGGGUAAAGUAGCCUUCAAGAACUCUAACAGAAUUUGAAUUUUUUUUAAAGACUCACAAAUUUUAGAUGUCUACAGAUAUGUCCGAUACCACUCACUCUGCAGAUUCCAAACAACAAGAGGUGUAGAUGGAUAUCCUACCGAUUGGUGAAGAACUCUUAGUAAAAUACGUAAAUAGUAACCAUUAGAUAGUUAGACCAUAUAGUUGGUGAUUUAGUAUCAAGAGUUAUCGAUGAAACUCUGAAACAUCAGUAGUAGCAGAUUUUGCCAAGGGGUCUUUGUAAAUACAUGGAUGCAUGAUACAAGUGGAUGUGCAUAUAUACUCCGGACAGUGUUCUUCUAAGAAAGAAAAAAGGAACCAAACUGUGUAAUAGAAUAUGACCUGUACAGAUAUUUUUACUGUGAAGAAAACAAACGUAUUGAAUUGACGAGUUUUUACUUUUUCUUCACUCUUUUGAAGUGUGAAAUUUCUUUCUCUCUUGCUGUUUUAUUGUAGUCAGAG